UGAGAAAUGAUAGAGGAAAGAGAGAAAGGGUAUCGAGGAUCGAUUAAUCGGCCGAACAUCGCCCAUCCCGAGUCUGUUCCGUUAAGACGUUGCGGCGACGAAAUUCGAGAUCAAUAAAGAUUGCAGCGGCGGCGUCGCGCAUGACUGAAUUGUCUUACGAAUUGUAACAAUCUUGAGGUUAUGAUGACGACCGGGCCCAAGUUGAUUCCAGUUGAUUCCGCCUUUUAGCUCGCGCGAUCCGGUAUCAAACCGUAAGCUGCACGGUGACAGUCCUCGGGUGUGAGCCACAACGAUGUUCGAGGGGGCUAUAGCGGCAUUUUUAAACCGCCUGCUAGGCAGGUACGUGGAGGACUUGGACACGGAGCAAUUUAACGUCGGUAUUUUCUCCGGGGAUACGUGCCUCACCGAUCUGAAAUUGAAGCCGGAGGCUUUGUAUCAGCUGGGAUUACCUAUCAGAGUAGAAAUUGGCCUGAUAGGGAAAAUUAUUUUGAAGAUACCGUGGUCCGGACUCUUCUCGCAACCUAUUGUGAUAUGCAUAGAGGACAUAUACGCAGUAGCGGUACCUGCAUUAUCCGGCCCUUACGAUCCGGAGUUACAGAAACGUUUGAUAAGAGCGGAGAAAAAGAAGAUACUUGAGGAUCUGAAGGAAGAUGAGAUAUUUAGAGCUGGUCUACCUCCUCAAUUAUUUGACGGUUUAUUGGCGUCGGUCACAAAGAACUUCCAGAUCACUAUAAAUAAUGUACAUAUUAGAUACGAAGAGAAAAUCCUGCGCAACUUCCUCUGUGCCUGUGGUAUAUGUAUACAAAGUAUAUCGAUAACAACUACGAACAACAAGUGGAAGCCCGGGGUGUGCGCCACAAAUUCUCAGACCGUAUAUCAGCUUGUACGCGCGGAAUCGCUCAGUGUUUACAUGGACCACGACACUGAAUCCUGCAUAAAUGUUCCGUGUAAUUGGGACAUGCCUAAUCUGCUCGCAUGGAAGAGCGCGAUGCAUCGAGCUCUACAGACCUUCGGAAUGAAGAACAAGGAAUUUCAGUUCUUGUUGAAGCCUUUCACGGCCAAGAUCAAGGUGAUCAUACACAAAGGCACAGAGAUGCAAGCUUCUCGCAUGUUGGUCGAUAUUGUGCUUCAAGACGUGGCGAUGCAACUGUCGGAGGCGCAGUACGCCACGUUUUGUCACAUACACGACUCCUUGCUGCGCGCGGUCGUCAACAGGCCGCAUCUGAAAUUUCGUCCUGAGAAGAGCGUGUACGAGGAACCGUCGUCUUGGUGGAGAUACGCGUACAAUUCCAUUCUGAGUCACUAUAUCAAACCGUACACUUGGUCGCACGUAAUCGAGCACCGGAGGAAUUAUCGGAAGUACAAGGAGGCGUGUAUCCAAAGCUUGCAACGGCCGAACGAUACGGAAUUGAAAUUGGACCUGCAGAAAUACGAGGACAGCUUGACGAUAUUGAAUAUCGUUAUAGCGAGGGAACACGCCAGGCAAGAAUUGAGGAACAAGGAUAUCGAGCACGAGUGCCAAGUCAUCGCGGCAACGAGUCCAUCGAAAGACGUCGAAAGCGCGGAGAAUGUAUUAACGAAUAACGAUAAAGUACAGGACGCGGAUCACGAUAAGAGCGAAAGUGAAAAGUCGUCGAUAAAUGUAACCGAAAAUUCGUCCAGUUCCCGAGUGAAGUUGGAAAAAACACUGAAGCAGAUCGAUUAUAAAUUGAACUUUACCUUAGCAAAUUGUUGCCUCAGUCUUUUAAGUAAAGGCAAAGAGAUGCUGAUCGUGACAGUCGCGCAAUUUCUGACGAGCAUAGAGGCACGGCCUACGUUGCUGGCUUUCAAGAUAUCCGCUCGCGCUGAAAGUUUCGUGAUCGAAGCUAUAUCAACUGAUGGCGACUUGGUUCCUCUGAUCACGGUGGAUAACGUGUUAACAGGAAACGUGUCGACAUAUUUCUUGGCAAUAGAUUUUGAGAAGAAUGGUUUGAACGUGGAUCCCAUUUUCGAGAUCGCCAUAAAACUGGAAGCUAUCGAAGUGACCUAUCAUCAUUUCGCCAUGGUGGAAAUGGUAAACUUUUUCAAAUUUAACACCAGCUACAUUCACGACACUGUGCUCGGGUUGUACAAACUGUGGGGUUACACCAAGAGAAAAUAUCUGAGCUUCGUGGACGACAUUGUCUCGCAGACAUUGAGAAUCAGCUUCAAGAUAGACGUCAAGAGCCCGUACAUUAUAUUCCCCGAACACGGAUCGAUUCAAAAAGGAGGACACAUACUCGUCCUGGACUUCGGCAAUGUGACCUUGACGAAUGAGCUGCAAGCGGCGAAUUUGCAACUGGAAGAUGCUACGCUGAUGGAGCUGGAAGAAUUGCUCUACGAUAGGCUCAACAUGGUGGUUUCCGGCGCGCAGAUUUUGUUUUGCCAUUCAGGCGACGACUGGCGCUCGGCGAGGAAGCGCAGCGACUCGGAAUACCAUUUGCUGCCGAAGCUGCAAGCGAACGCGACGCUCUCGUACAGCAUUAAGCCGGAAUACCGUCAAUUACCGCAGACGAAGCUCAACGUGCACAUCUCCAACAUGAAGUUUAACCUGUCGGAAAGUAAGCUGAGUCUGAUGGCAUACUUCCUGAAUAAGUUGCUAUUGUCGUACCAGGACAACGUCGAGAACUACAAGGUCGCAUUGAGCGGUUCCGUUCUCGAGCGGAAAUCGAGUGUCGCUUUUACAUCGGCGAGAGAAUUGACGAGAGUGCAGUCGAGCGUGUGCCUACCGUCCGUGACGAUGGUGCACGGUGACUUCAAACCUGUCGUGAAGGAAGUCACGACCAACAAUGUGCCGAAGCUCGACAGAAGUGUCGUCUCCUCGGAGAUUAGCGAGGAGGACCUGGAACUCUUGUCGAAAACGAUUAAUUUGUCCGGAUUCGACGAUAACAUAUCACCGUGCAAUCACAUCAAUUUGUUGCUACGCUUCGCCAUAGGAGAGUUUUCCGUAAAUCUGGAGCACACGGUGGAGAACCGAGAGCAACCGUACUUGAAUCUGAGAUUGCACACCUUGUACUACGAGACGGCUAUGAUGGAGUACGGCGUCGCUGUUCAGUUCGGCAUCGGGUCCAUUCUCCUGGUCGAUAAGACGAACGCUGGCGUUACCGGCUCGUACUUAGAAUUAAUAUCCACCGAUCAAUCCUAUGAAGUUCUCGUGGUAUCGUACCGUAAGGUCAAGUCAAAUUGUCCCGACUUCAAGUCUCACUUCAAGAAUAUCGAACGCUCGCUGGUUGUGAAUCUGUUGAAUAUCAAUGUGAACUUUCAUAGAUCCGCGUUACUGAAGAUGAGAGACUACUGGCAUAAGUUUCAGACCAUUUGUCACGACACGAUUUUAUUCAAGUUCGCCGAGAAGGUGUGCAGUGACAUCAUGAAGCGAGAACAAAAAACCGACGACCCGCCUAUCCCUCCAGGUGCGAUCAAACUGAAUUAUUCUACCAGGCUCAGCUCAUUGGUUCUACGAUUCUGUGAUAAGGACAUUGAUUUGAUGGAGAUCAAGAUCUCAGGCUUAGAGAAUGAUUGCAUCUACAACGCGAACGAGAGAAUGGUGUUGCGCGUAUAUCUGCGAAGCAUGUUCGCUGAAGACUUAAACGACGACACGCUUUACUCCAAAAUUCUGACAACUGACGAGGACAAGGUUUUCGACCUGAAGUACGUGAGACACAUGCCAAGGCUGUACAAGUGUCCGGAUAUCGAUACAAAUCAGGACGACGUGAUGUCGGACGGCACCUUCAAGCUUUCCAUCGGACGGAUAAAUUGCGUCGUCAUUUCUAAAAUUUUGUAUGAUUUACAGAAUUUCAUAAUGCCGUUCGCUUCCGCGUACUACACGUGUUUCUUGAAUUAUCUGAGGAACAAGCUCGUCGGAGGCAUCGAGAUGUUCAAGAGAAGCGCGACGAAACUGCACAUUUUCAUCGAUAUACAAGGACCUACGUUUCUGCUACCUCAGAAAAAGGACGCCCCGAGUCUCCUGGUCUUCGAUACAGGUGUAUUGUCGGUCGAGAACUUCUUCAAGAGGAGCGGCCAAUCGGCGCAAUCGAUCAAAGCGUCCGCCAACGACGCUAAUCAAUUAACAAUCGACAAUAUUCUGGUGAAACUGAAAUCCAUGACCGUGUCCAGAGCGAUCAUGACUCUGACUCGUGACUUGGAGGUCCAGGAACCAAUCAUCGAGCCCAUACAGAUCCAGUUCGACAUCAAGAGAAAAACGGAGUAUCGCAGCAUCAUCGAACUGCAAACCUACGGCUUGUUCAACGUGCAGGGAGCGAUCGAUGUUGUGAAUAUAAAUUUGAGCCAGAGAGACCUGAAGUCUCUCAUGUCGGUGUGGCAGGAUAAUGUCUCCAAGAUCCUGUUGCUGAAAAAAGCCGGCGAGCACGAGGAUCGGACGUCAGCGCUGAACUGUCGGAAGAACGUCAAGCACGACGACGCCAUGGUGAAGAAGUUGGAGAACUUUUUGGCUCACAAUGAGACUGCCUUGUGCGAAGUGAAUGUUAAGCUCACGUUGGAGGGAGUGCAAUUGAAUUUGUUCUUGGACACGGAAGAGGUGUUGAGUUCUCCCGUGCGUGACUUGAAUCACGGUUUAUGUAAGCUGUGCUUCGGCGAGACCAUGAGCACUUGGGACUUUUACAGUGACAAGAGCUUGAAAAUGAAAUUAUCCCUGCAGAAUUGCUUGUUGCAAGACACUCGCAAGGACUCCGUCAGUGAGAGGAAGAUAAUACAGUCGCCGGCGAUAUCUCUAGAGAAGAAUUUAGAAUCCUGCAUUUCUGUGUCGAUGUCCCCCAUAGUCGAUGUCACGUAUAGCUGCACUCAGGCGGAGGAGAAGUGUCUCGACGUUCUUAUUCAGGAUAUACGAAUCAACUUAUCCGUUCCUUUCCUGAUGCAUCUGGGACGAUAUUUCCUGGAUUCUCUGCCGGGCGAGCAGAUCGAGAAGGGAAUCAUCAAUCACGGAUACGAUAAUAAUAAUCAGACGAACCGGAAUGCUUUAAACGCGGAAACUGACAAAUUAAAUCGCUCGCAGUAUUUUAAGGAGCAACCAGGUACUUCCGUGUCUAUCAGAAUACAGAAGCCGGAUAUCUUCCUGUUUGGCGAUCUGGAGAAGAGCAACAUUCACGUGAUACGUGUGCAGGCGGAAGUGUUUAUCGAGAGCAGCAGGCACAGCUGCUCCUCCUCGUUAGUUUGCACCCUGACCAAUGUCAAUGCCAAAACUAAAGGGCGGGGGAACUACGAGUCCCCGUGUUGGUUGUUACGUCCCUGUGAUAUAGAAAUCUGUAAGAAGAAGGAAUUGUCGAGCGGUAAUGAGGAAAUCACUGUCGCUACAAAUAGUAUUAAUAUACACCUGUCGGCGGAAGUGGUGCAUACUUUUAUGGAUAUAUUGAACGAAGCGUCGAUUUUUCUAAACAGCAUUAAUUUGAAAGCGGAUGACAGUAGCAACAAUCAAAAUGCAAACAUGCACAAUAAUCUCUGGGCACCGAGGAAAGUUUCUAGUAUACCGUAUAAGAAAACCGAAGAAGCCGACUCGGAGCUGUAUUGUCGCCGCAGUGAUCACGUAAUAUUCAAUUUGAAACCCGUCUUGGUGUGCCUGUUGCUGGAGAUGGAGUAUUCAGUGGGAAGGUUUCCGGUGAUGAAAAUGGAGACCGUUGUCACAACCACCGUCAAUGACUGGCACAACAGCUUUCAUCUCGAGUCCAAUGUGAAGCUUCACGCGUUCUGCUAUAAUAGAGCGCACCAGACCUGGGAGCCAUUCGUGGAAUUUUGUACGAAGGACGAUGUGAACUACAAACCAUGGGAGUUCACCAUUAAAACGUACCAAGGCGAAGCGAAUAUGAUCAGUUCCAAUUGGACUGAUCCUUAUCAUCACGUGAAGCAAGAUCCGAUGAAAAUGAAGAAGAAGGACACGAGGCACAACGGACAGGAUGCGGCAGAUAUGGUCUUCAUUGGGCCUGACGUGGACGUGAUUUCGUCCACGAGGAGCGAGCCUGAGACUUACGUUGCAUGCGAGGACGAGUCCGAUACAGAUGACGACGAGAGCAACAAGAAGCUGGCGAGGAUCUCGAAUUAUUUGUUCAACAGUAACAGCAGCGACGACGAAGAAGAAAGCGACGAUUCGGACGAUUCGAGUACGAACGAGGACGAGGGGCUGGAUUUCGUGCUAGAUUGCAAUGUCGAAUCUUGUCACCCCGCCGCACCAGAGAAGGCAAACCUCUCCACGCCGCAUAUUAUGCUGUAUACGGAGGACAAGAUUAACAUCACCAUCACGCAGAACAUGAUCGAAAUGUGGAACGCGAUCGCGAGCGCGUUCGCAUUAGCCAAGGGCGGGCUACCCUUCGUACCUGCUAACACGCGGGAAUUAACUGUGCUGAACGACAUAGGUCAUGCUAGUCGAAUAGAGCUGCUUGUCCAAGAGCAGGUGGAUGGGAACAGUGUCACGUGCGUCGUCGCUACGCACAACUUCCACGAUGGCAACUCGCCGACCAGCGUGCCCAGCAGUCCGGAAAAUGAAAUGCAGACGGAUCUUACGAGUCCUCAGUGGGUUGGCAAGGAAGUCCAUCUAGUCGUGCCGGAAUGCAAAACUUUUCCCAUGGACUCGCCGGUUCACAUCUACAAAUCGAUAACCGGCGAGUUGCUUCGCGUUGUCUUCGAAGGCUUCGAGGAUGUGUUGGUAUAUUGCCCGAAAAAAGAAACGCGCAGUCUCAUAUCACUUCGUCCCGUGAAGCACGAAGUUCGCUAUUACCUGGUGAUCGAGGCGUCGAUCAACAGCUAUCUGCACCGUACAAUUUGCGUGCGGUCUCCGUUGCAGUUCCGGAAUGAAACGUCAUACGCGCUGGGUCUCUAUUACAAGAAAGUGGUGAUAGACAAGUUGGGUAUGACGCCGGCCGGCGAAACUACAAAUCCCUUCGACGAUAACGUGAGAAUGGCGAUUAUUGAGCCCGAUUCGACUUACAAUAUUCCUCUAUACAUUGCUUAUCAUUGCUCGAUACAUGUCCUUCCUGCAUAUCUGGAGAAAUAUCAAGUCAGUGACGAUGGGAUUUAUUGGAAAGACUUGAGGGGUACAACAAAUGUAUUUAAAGACGUGUGCUGCGAAACGAAAGAUGACAUUAACCGUAAUAUAUUCUGUGUCAGGGCAAUAUGCAUGGAAGUCCCAUUAACGACCCGACCCUCAGGCUGUCAAGUGCCGAAUUACUUGAUAAAUAUCAUACCACCCGUUAUUUUUAAUAAUCAGCUACCCUUCGUCAUCGAUGUCAGUAUACCUAACAUCAAUUACGAAGUGAAGAUCGAACCCGGCGAGAAAAUCAACAUGCACUCUCUGAAUUGUAACAGUAAUAUGCAGUUUGUUUUUAAGAUACACAACUACUUGGGCACGUCGUGGAUGGGCACGGUUAAGCUGAAUAUGAAUCUGGAGCGGAAAUUUGUAUUAAUGUCUACAGACAACGAGUCAGACCUGACGAAACCCUUCUUGCUGUGCGUAGAACUGUGCAAGAUGCUCAGCUGGAAUAUCGUCAUACAAUCGCAGUAUUGGAUAAUAAAUAAGUCCGGUUUACCGCUGUUUAUUCAGGAAUGCCAUUCUCACAUAACGUACGAGAUACCGGAGGAAGAGCUGAUGAUGUUCUCCCAGAAGAGCAACAAAAAGAACACGGUGCGAUUAAGGGCACACCAAUCCGAAUGGUCGAUGCCGUUCGGUCUGGACGGGAUUACGUCGAUGUCGCUGAUCGUCUGUCGGGAUAUCGAGCGCGGACGGAAGUAUCAGAUCCUGACAGAGGUGGAGAGCUCCCGCUUGUCGCCAAUCUUCACCAAGAUCAUCACGUUUCUCCCGUACUUCCUCAUCUCCAACAAAACUAAGAGGGCCCUGAGGUUCAUGGAGGAGAACGAGGAGGCUGAUCUCUGGAAUGAUCUCUUGCCCGCUCAGGAGAUGUCCUUUUGGCCCGCCACCGAAUCCAUGAGGAUGAGAAUCAAGUGGAGGAACAGCCAAUUAGUCUCUCAGCACUUUGACAUCACGCAUGCCGGCAAGACCGUGCUCAGGAUGGACAACGGGUCGGCGCUGUGUGUGGAGAUCGAGGGUGGCGUCAACACUCCGUAUCGCAUUACGUUCCGGAAGUACAACGCCGGCGACAUACCCGUGAGAGUGGAUAAUCUCUGCGACAAGCUCUUCCUGAAGCUGAACCAAGUCAACUUGGGUCAGGUCGCCUUGCUUAAGCCGUUCCAGAGCUUGCUGUACACCUGGGACGAUCCUACACAGGCCAGGGAACUGAUCUGGAACGUUUACAACAACAAUGCGAUCGGCUACAGGGCAGAAUUCGAAACGGACGGCUGCGGGCACGAGAGGGUGUCGUUUAUAACCGUUGAACGGCGCAACAGCGCGUCAACGUAUUCCUCCGUCAAUUCCAAGUCUCUGUCAAACGCGAGGUCGUGGUCGGAGGACACGAGCGGUAGCACCGUUCAUCUUAGUGGCGCGGAAUCCGAGGCGAAAGCGCAAACGUUAGAGAACGUGCGACAAGAUGAGGCGGAGGUUUAUUGGGUGAGCUACAUGGAAGGCGAGCAACGCGUGCUGCUGUUCACGCAGCACGAAAGCGUCUUCCUGAAGGCGAAGAGCAUCAUCGAUCCCGAGUCCAGCAAGAGAGAGAUGUUCUUGUCGAUCGCAGCGAUUGGGAUCAGCAUUGUCGUGCAAGAGUCCAACGUCAGUCUUCCCAGCUCCAGACGGGAAUUACUGUACGCCAGUGUGAUCGACUCAGCGGCCCACUGGGAACUUUACUUCAGCAAACGGUGGAGGAGCCUGUCAUCGGAGUUGAGCGCUUGGCUGGAAAACAAAUACAUGAAUUCCGCGAAGGGAGCGCAGCUGGAGAAUUUCAUCGACGUCGACUUCACGAAGAUGCAGAUGACCAAACCGUUCUUCGGGAAGCUCCGAAGAACGUAUUCGCCGGGCAUUUGGCUUCAUUGCCGGGAAUCCACGACGCUUUGUUACGUGCAGGGACACGUUCACAGGAUACAGGUCGACAAUCAACUGAGCGAUGCUACCUUUCCAGUCGUUCUCUAUCCUAGCUUACAAAGGACCUUCGUGAGUUACGCCGGUGGCCGUAGAUUGAAGCACUGCUUGGAGUUUUCGUAUCUGAAGCAACGCAAACUGAAGAACACUAUCUAUAAAGGAGUGUGCGUGAUCGUCAGAGAGUUCAAUCUGAACCUGGAAGAGACGUUCCUCUGCUCCCUCAUCAAUCUUAUACCCAAGAUACCGGAGACCAAGCAUUCGAUCGCUGCCAAACUUAGAAGAGACGUUUCCAACAUGCGCGUGCCUUCGCUUCACAAGAUCAGUAAUAACGCCAACGGCAAACGGAAGGAUCUCAUAGAGCAGAUAUACAUUUCUCCGAUGAUGUUGCGCCUGAAGUUGCUGGCCAAUACGGAGGGAACCAACGCGCGCAAUUUUGGCAACGCAGCGGAUUACCACAAUAUCGUGCGAUUCGUCUUCGAGUACGCGGAAAAGGGCGCGUUCGAGAAAGACGCUGAAUUUAGAUUGCCUAGCUACCGAAGGAGUUUCGUUGUCGUCGACAAUAAGCAAUUCCUCUCGCAUCUCUCGCGCAAUUACGUGGCGCAGGUCAUGGAACAGUUUCACGUGAUGGUACGUUUAACGACUGUCUUGGGGAAUCAGUAUGGCUACAACUUCAAGUCGCCGGGCAACGGUUUCUACGAGCCGGAUUUGUUAUUGCUGUACGGCGACGAGACUGCGGAGAGAUUAGCGCACGACGUCGCGUGUGAACUAGGAUACGCUACGCCCGAUGGCAUGCAGGUCUUUAGCAGCCACGACACUCCCGCGACACGUCAUUCCAAGUCCUUGUUUCAGGUGAAAGACGCGAAUUACCAGAACCCGGACGUACCACCGUUGGCGUUUCCAGUCGAUCACUCGUUCCCCGCUGAGAUCGACCUGGAGGUCUCCGGCUUGUACACCGCAUCGACGAACAGCAUUCACCGGGAAGAGUUGAGGUAUUUCUUCAAAACACUGGGCAAGAAAACGUCCAUGUUUUUCAAGGCGGAGAAUUCUUGCUUAAAGACCCACUCGAAAGUAGUAGCAGAUAUAAUAAAAAGGGCGCAAGAAACGGGACAUGGCUUCGUAUCCCGAGUGCGACUACCACGGUACAUCAAUCCGCACUUCGGCGUAGAACUGUUCUCGACGCACAAGGCCAAAGGGGCGUACUUGCUGAACGCUAUCAGCAAGGGCCAUUGCGCUCAGAACGAUUUUUACUGGGGUCACGCCGCGCUUCACAACGACGGAAAGUACAUCACCCUCGUGUCUUUGCAGCGAAUACACUAUAUCGAGAAGGGGAAUGCCUGGGGAUCGUGGAAUGUGAAGUGGACCUUGGAAACCAAUCAAUUGCUGUCACCGCCAACUGUCGCUAAGAACAAGCUUAUUUUGCACGUAACACAGAACGAAGAGGAGGCGUCGUCGUCUAUGGUGGACUGGUACGUGGAGUGCGAGGCCGCAGCUAUCUUGGAGUGGCUCUGUCGCAAAAUAAACAGCGCGAUGAUUCUGAACAUGGAGAGCAGCAUUUGUUCCAAAUGAAAAUCCUCCCUGGUGAAGCGCGACGACGCUACGACGAGAAAAUGAUAAAAAGAGACGUAAGAGAGAAAGAGAGAGCGAGGAUGAUAGAGAUUAAAUGUGUAUUUACAGUAUUUAGUUCGGCAUAAUAAAAGUCUACGGUGAAUGCAAAAAAGAAA